AUGUCGACCACCAGAGCAAUGCCCGCCGGCAGCUUGGCAAGCACCUAUGACCUAGACCCGGAUUCCUACACUGCCCGCCGGUUGAAGCAUGCCACCCCGGAGCAUUUGCAUCUCACGUCUCGCCGAUUCUUCAUUGGCCCCAUUCCCGAAGGGUGGCUUAAUAGCAAUCGGAAGUCAUGGUACAAGCGAAGGGUCGAGCUGAGCUCAUACUCUUCACGAAGAGCAACCUUCCGUGCAGCUGAGGACCAUGGCCCUCAUCGUAGAACGUUGACGGGGCUGGAUGGUCCCUCAACGGCUACUAGGAUGAGCUUCAGUUUCCCUCAGCCCGAGGACGUCUUUGACGAGGCAUCUAGUGCUGGUGAGAUGGCAGACGCGGAGGAGGGCGAUGGCGAUCAAGAGACGGGGACAAGAAACAUCGAGCCUCUUGCCACCAACGAGCUACUCCAUUCGUCAGGAAUUGAAGAUGAGGACAUUCAAGGAAAUAUAGUUCCAAAAGCUAUGCCAGUUUCCCAAGACAAAGGACUGGAUGGGACAAGAGACAAGAGAACGGAAAAUGCGAAAGGAGAUUCUUGUGCGAGAUCCUCGAGACCUGGUUCGUACCAAACAGCCCUGGAGCAUACUGCUGGAGGAUCAAAAGUACAGACAGCUUCAUUGAAACCGCGACAACUGGAGCAAGACACCGAUCAAGAAGAUAGUGAUGGCACAGGCCUCCCUGUAUCAAAUCGAGUUUCUCUUCAGCCUGGGUUGGCGCAGGUGGGGCUUGAUGCAAGCUCUCGGACCGCAUUGCUCGCUCCAGAGGGUGAAGGCUCAGCGGUAAAGUCAUUGCAACAUCAUGAACCCGCUCCCAUUUACGAUGAGGGAAUUUAUCAACUGGGACGAGCAAACACAGGCGUGAGAUUCAAGGUAUCAGAAGGAGUGUCCCAUGGACGGCGUCGAAUAGAAAAUAAGGCAGUACGAGCACGGGAUCGCGUUGCCGAUAAAAGGCUACGACGAAACACUCUUCAAGAGGGUACCAUUGUCAAAAUGGAAAGGAUGCUGGUGAGAAUUGAUAUCACCAUGCAGCAGGUGCCUGAAGACUUUGACGAAAAUGAAAGCCUCAAAACGGAAACGAGAAUACUCGAGAAAUGGCGGGAAUUUAUGGUUGUGACUCGAAAGAGCAAGAAACAGGACAGCGACGACUUCAGGCUUCAGAUCUACAAGACGCGAGUCAUUCCCGAGAUCGAUGAUGAGACGACAAAGAAAAAGCCCAAGCAUGAAAUCAGGCUUGAUCCGAAUUCGACCAGAGUCAAUUUAUACUCCUCCCUCGACAAGACGGUGGUGAUGUGGCAUCCGUACAAAAAUGGAACGAGGAUCAUCGUCAUGAGACCGAGUUCCACUGCUCAUUCGGUUGAGUGGUACACUUUCCUUCGAGAUGCUUUGGGCUGGCAGAGACCUUCGAGCUUGCAGGUCAAUGUACCCGAUUUGGAUGUGGUGCUGAAACUAGAAAGACCAUUUGAAGGACUUGAAGCAGCAGGUCUGGAUGCUACAGACGAAGAAACCGCAAUUGCUCAAACGGUUGCUGCCGAGAAAGCUGUUACCGGAAAAAUCGUCUCUCAGUGCAUAGGGAUGCUGGAACGAGAUCCCGAAUGGUCUAGCGUCCUGAAAUUAUGGAGCGAGACUGCCAAAAUGGGCCUGGCAUGGAAGAGAUAUGACCGACUCGAAUGGGUUUAUGGGGUGAAUGAGCAGAAAAUGUAUGGCUCUAUGGCUAUGCAACGAUCUCAUGAUCUCGAACUACGGCCCAAGCAGCAUUAUCCCACCUUGACCUAUGGCAGGAAAGGAAAGCAACAUGAAGAACCGCCUCCUGUUGAAGGCUUCCUGAUUCGUCUGACAUCCCAGAGAGGAGUCCAUCAGAGAUUCGGCAAGGCAUUUUUCAAACGGUUAUAUUUCUCAACUCACAAUCAGUUUUUAAUGUUCAGUCGACCAGCAAAAGCAACCCCACCCCAUCCACCAAGACUGGCUACUAUCGGAGGGAGUAAUGUUCCCUCUUCACAUGAGAUUGUCGAAAAGACUCCGCUCAUGUAUGAUAUUGAACCUUACAAGUUGCGGGAUGGUGACGUUUCAUGGCUAUCUUCUGGAAAUCCAAUAUCUCUUCAACAGCAUGACCGUGACGCUCUUGAAGAAGCCAGAAGAAAUGUCGCCAACAUCAUUGACGCAGACGGACACGUUAACAUGUGCCACAUCCGUACGGUACGCGUCAGUCAGGGGGGUGUAUCUCCAGCAGAUGAGACCCUCGAAGCCGGUUCUAGUUCGGACGUGGAUUUUCAUCAAGAAGUCUCCAACACCACGAGAGAAGAUGGAUCAACAAAAGAUAUUGAUGAUGACCGUAUCUUCGAGCUCCUGCUAGACAAUGGAUUGGUCAUUCGACUGCAAGCAUACUCCAAACAAACGCGUGAUGAAUGGAUACGUCGAUUACGGAAACUAGUCAAAUAUUGGAAAUUACGCAUCGCCGCGGAGAUGGAUACAUUCAAAGCGAUUCGACGAGCCAAUCUUGAACAACUCAAUGUGGAUGACGAACUCGAGGCCAUCAUUGGCCAAUUCGCAAAGAAAUGGGAAGUCAGUCGUAGUGAGGCAAGUCCGGAACUCUACAACAUGUGCGGAAUUAGUUCUUGCAGGAGCAUUACAAUGUCUGGUCCUCUAUAUAUGAAGAAGCGCCGACGAGCAACUUUUCACCGUUGCCAAGUCAUUUUAUGUGGUGGGAAAUUGCUCAUUUAUCAAGCGUCGCUCCGCAAGACGACGGGUGAACAGAUCCGACAUAUCCACCUGGAGAAGCAGCGGGUGGUGGACUUGAAGGGUUGUUACGUCUAUAGCGGUCUGAUCGUGGAGGAUGAUCUUCUUUACCACAACAAAACCUUCGACGCCAAUCAUCCUGGCAUGGCUAGUUUGCCUCGUGUAUAUCUCGAAGACGGCUGGACGAGUGCGGAUGUCGACGUCAUGACUUGUUUCGUCGUGUGGAUGAAUCGACGCAAAGGAUGGUUCAGGACCGCUACUGCAGCAGAAGGAGGCGCCAUUGGAAGUGAUGGCGAAAGUACUGAGACCAAGGGGAGUAAGAGAGCCAAAUUGCGACGAGUCGGGCAGCUGGGCGUCCCUGGUCGAAGUAUGGUCUUCAAAUGCCGCAGUCGCGCGGAGAGAGAUCAUUGGGUUCUCGGCGUCGCGAGCGAGAUUGAAAGAGUCGUUGAGCAUGAGGCUGAGGAGGUGGGUGAUGAAAAUGAGUUCCGAUUCGACAGGUAG